GGUACAGGACGGGACAGCUUCAGUCUAUAAGAAAGCGUUAAGUCAUUCAUUUAAUGAGGAUAAAAAGAGUAGGGAGGCUAGGUCGUGUUCCCAUAACCAGUGGGAAUACCGUUACCAGUUACUUCACCCCAGUGUGAAACGUUGUUUUUUUGUGUGCAUAAAUACAGUGGAUUCCACAAGGCAUCCGAAGGCGACACAAGAAUGUGAUUCUCAAUAAAAAACAAUAUAUUGACAGGAAAAUAAAAGAACCCUGCAAAAUAUUUUGAGGAAACAACAUCGAUGAUACCUUCGGAAGCUGUAAUACGCAGUUAAUUCAUCCUGGGUUUGUAACCAGAGCAAGGCGUCAGGAAUGCCCACUGUCCUUACCCUAGUAGGGCUGUUUUUGGUAACAUCUCUUCCGAGUUCCAGAGGCAACUCAGAGUUGAGGUUCCUGGGGCAGACGCACUUUGUAGUCAAUGAAAACAGCAGUGCAGUGGUACGCUUGGUGGUGGAGAGGAUUGGUGAACCGGUCAACAUUACUGCACUCGUGCUGCUUGAGGGAGAUGACACAGGGGACUUUGAAGCCACAACGGCUGCAGCAUUUCUGCUGGCCUCAGAGACUAAGAAGACCAUUUUCAUUGCUGUGAGAGACGAUGACCUGCCUGAGCCGGACGAAACAUUCAUAUUUAAUCUCCGACUGCAGAGUUCAUCCAAUGGUGUGAGGCUGGGGACCCCCGGCAGAGCCACCAUUACCAUCCUGUCCAAUGACAAUGCCUUCGGAAUCAUUUCCUUCAACUCUUCCUCUUUGGUCAUAGUGGAUGAGCUCAAGGGUAGGAACCAGUAUGUGCCUCUCACCCUAAUCAGAGAAAAGGGGACUUAUGGGACAGUUACUGUGAACUUUGAGAUUUCAGGUGGGCCCAAUCCCCCAAGUGAAGAUAUUACCCCAGAUAGAGGGAACAUUACUAUCCCCCCUGGUCAUGCAGUAGUGGUUUACAGUAUCGUGAUACGAGAUGAUCAGGUACCAGAGGAUGAUGAGGUCUUUAUUGUUCAGUUGAUGAGCGUGGAGGGUGGCGCCCAACUCAAUCCCAACCGCAGCAUUGUGCAUAUUAAGAUCAACAAAAAUGACAGUCCCAUCCGCUUCGCUGUCAGCAUCAUGCUGGUGCCUGAGACUGUGGGACUGGUGAAUGUCACCGUGACUCGCGGCAGAGACGAGGAAGGCCGGCUCAUUGGGUCAGAUGCCACUGUGAUAUCCAUUGACUACACUGUCAUCAGCGGCAAUGGCACGGCCAGCGCCAUGCUGUCCUCAGAUUUUGUGGACCUGCAGGAUAACUGUACACUUGUCUUUCCACCAUAUGUGUAUGAGGUCCAUCUACAUUUCCGAAUCAUUGAUGAUAAGGUCCCUGAAAUUGCAGAAUCCUUCCAGGUGGUGCUGCUUGAGAACACCCUGCAGGGCGAUGGGGUCCUGCUAACCCCCAGUGUAACCCAAGUCACCAUAGAGCCCAAUGACAAGCCAUAUGGAGUAUUGUCAAUCAACAGUGGUCUUCUUUCACAGGUUAUUAUUAUAAAUGAAGACUUGACAUCCAGGUUUGAAGGGAUCUCCAUAGUGAGAAAUGGCGGAACACAUAGCAAUGUCUCUGUAAACUGGAUAAUCACACGAAACAGCACUGAUCGGUCUCCCGUCUCCACUGAUCUGAGGCCAGCUGCAGGGGUUCUUCGGUUUGCGGCUGGGCAGAUGUUUGCUACACUGUCCCUGAACAUCACCAACGACGACCUGCCUGAGGAGGCCGAGGCCUUCAUCUUCAGAUUGCUGCCCAGCACUGUGGCAGGUGGAGCUGAAGUGGAUGAGCCAAUGGAGAUGGUAUUCUACAUUCAGGACAGUGACGACGUGUAUGGCCUCUUUCGCUUCCAUCCCAUGAAGGAACAGAGGAUCCAGAGCCAGCCAGCGGGACGUUUCUUAUCCCUGAGUUUCUUACGGGACAAGGGCGCAUUAGGGGAUGUCCAGCUGAGCUUCACUGCUCUCUACAUCCCUGCUGGGCCUGUGGAUCCCACCCGAGCUCGGGAUGGGGUCCUAAAUGGCACGCGCAGCAACAGGCUGACCUUCUCAGGAGCCCAAUCAGAAGCAGAGCUCACUUUGCCAAUUCGAAAUGAUGCAUUCCUUCAAAAUGGGGCGCAUUUUCUUAUCCAGCUGGACAGUGUCGAUCUAGUUAAUAUCAGCCCCCCGAUCCCACCCAUCAGUCCCAGGUUGGCUGGUGCCCUGAACAUCACCCUGACUGUCACCUCAGACAUCGCAAAUGGAGAAAUAGGUUUCAUCAGCAACCAGACUGUGACUGUGAAUGAACCAGAGGAUGACAACAUUACUCUGAUUACUCUUCCCUUACACCGCGAUGGGACAGAUGGACAAGCUGUGGUGUUCUGGAGUUUGCGACCGACAGGGCAGAAUAGUCAGGAUGUAACCCCCAAUGAUCUUGGACCAUUUAAUGGUUCUGUGACUUUUCUGUCCGGACAAAGUGAUUCAUCGAUUAACAUCACUAUCAAAGCUGACAGCAUUCCUGAAAUCAAUGAGACCAUUCUCAUCACUCUGGACAGGACCAAUGUGGAGAACCAGAUUCUGAAACCAGGGUUUACGAGCAGAGAGAUUGUAAUAAUUGAGAACGAUGACCCUGGUGGAAUCUUUGAGUUCUCACCGCAGUCUCGAGGGCCUUGGUUCAUCAAUGAGGGAGAGGCUGUGGAGCUUAGGGUAAUUCGGUCCCAGGGCCUAUUGCUAAAGCAGCUUAUCCGUUAUGAAGUGAUACCCUCAGGCAAUGCGGAAUUCUAUGGGGCCACAGGGAUCUUGGAAUUUAAUCCAGGAGAAAGGGAAGUAGUGGUUGCACUUGUGGCCAGACCUGAUGGAAUUCCUGAGCUAGAUGAGAUGUUCUGUGUAAUCCUCAGUAGCCACAGUACCCCUCCUAGUCAUCUGGGAUCUGCCAGGGAGGUCAAUAUCACUGUCCGAAGCAAUGAUGACCCUUUUGGGGUCAUUGAGUUUAUCCUCCCUGGCAUGGUGGAGGCAAUCAAGGAAAGUAAAGGAAGUGAAUCUUUCUCAGCAUCCUUCCCAAUUGUGAGGAACAGGGGUACGUUUGGAGAAGUGUCCAUUUUCUGGAUCCUGGAUCCCUACUUAUCGGACGAUAUCUCUCCAGUGCAAGGGCUUGUUGUUUUCAAAGAAAAGGAGUUCUCCAAAAACCUCACAAUCUUCUCUGUUCCUGAUCAGAUACCAGAAUACACAGAAGUAUUCACAGUCAUUCUCCUCAAUGCCACUAAUGGCGCACGACUUGGAAACUCAUUGAAUGCAACCUUGCAGAUUCUGAAAAAUGAUGAUCCAAUAUAUUUUGCAGAGCCUGUUCUGCUUAGGGUGCAAGAAGGUGAAAUGGCCAACUUCACAGUUUCGAGAGCUGGACCAGCUGACUUUGUUGCUACAGUGAUGUAUGUGGUCACACAUGGUGGAACAUCAUCUGGCGACUUCAUUCCAAAGAUUAAUGAAACGCUGGUUUUCGGUAUAGACGAGUGGAGUAAGAACAUCUCAGUAGCUACUGAAGAUGAUGAUGAACCUGAAACAGACGAAGAGUUUUACAUAACUUUAUACAAUGCCACAGGUGAUGCAGUGGUAUAUGGUGCUGAUACAGCAACCGUGAUAAUUGAGGCGAACGAUGAUGCCAAUGGUAUCUUUUUUUUGGAACAAGUUGUCAAACAAGUUGAAGAAGGAAAAUCUAACAACUUCUAUGUUUUGAGAAGCCGUGGACAUUUUGGCAAUGUCACUGUUUCCUGGGAACUGUCCGACAACAACACAGUCUUAGAACCAGGCCAAGAAUUCAUCAUCACCUCAGGAUCCAUCAUUUUCACCACUGGAGAAGUCACAAAACCCAUCGCCUUGCAAGCCAUCUCUGACAAACUACCAGAGUUUAAUGAGUACUUUGUUCUUAAUCUUGUUAACAUAAAAGGUGGCUUCCCCGGGCCAGGUGGUCGACUGGCUGAAACAAACCUUAAUGUGUCUGUACUUAUUCCUUUCAAUGAUGACCCCUUUGGCGUCUUUGAAAUUGAUGACCAGAGUCUGGACCUAGAAGUAGCAGAAGAUGUGCUUUCCGAAGGGGAUAUGUCAAAUGUUGCCACAAUCGUCAUCCUCCGACAGCAAGGCACUUUUGGGGAUGUGCGAGUUGGAUGGGAGAUUUUGUCAGAUGUGUUUCCUCUUGGUCUACCACCAAUGCAGGACCUCAUACUGAUGGCAUCAUUCCCCAGGGCUGUGGAACUCCGACCCCACUCAAGAAGACCCCACUCUGCUACAGAUGCACUGUUUUUUCCAGGCUUUCAAGGUGCCUAUGGUACCAUUAGUACUGAUAAUCAAUUGCAACAAACCCAGAGUCUAUCCAACUUCACCUUCUCAGCCUGGCUGGUACCCAGGCCCAACACAGAUGGAUUUAUUAUUUCCAAGGGAACAGACAAUGGAACCUUCUAUUAUGGUAUCAAGAUUCACACCAACGAGUCCCAUGUUACACUGAUGCUCUACUACAAUGCUGUUGGAUCCAACAGCACUCAAAUCGCCAGGUCCACAGCUGCUAAAUAUGUUGAGGAUAAUAUUUGGUUGCAAGUCAUCAUAACUGUAGAUGAUGGCAUUAUUGAAUUCUACUUGAAUGGAAAUACCAUGCCUGGUGGGAUCAAAAGUCUGAAAGGAGAGGCCAUCACUGAUGGUGAAGCUUCAGUACAUAUCGGAUCAGACCCUGAAGGAAAGGGACUCUACACUGGUCUAAUGCAAGACGUGCGGCUCUACUCCAGCAAGCUGGACUGGGUGCAGAUCCGAGAGCUUCACAGCCAGCCUGCUAAGAUGGACCUGCACAAUGUGUCAGGCUACCUGGAAUACUGGCAGGACGAGCAGCGCAAGGGGUUUGUGGUGGAGGUGCGGGAUGACCAGGAAGAAGAGGCUGAGGAGGUCUUCUACCUGCAGCUGGUGUCGGUCCGUGGUGGAGCUCGCCUUCCGGACCCCCGGCCCACUGCCAUACUGCGAGUCCUGAAGAGUGACAAUGCCAAUGGCCUCUUCGGAUUUACCGGGACCUGCAUCCCAGAUGUUUCAGAGGAGGGCUCCACCAUCUCCUGUGUAGUGGAGCGUACUCGAGGAGCCCUGGACUAUGUCGUUGUAAACUACACCGUUAGACAGCUCGGUUCUGACAGCUCCGUCCCCACCGGCCCUGACUUUGCCAACACCAGCGGCAGUGUCCUCUUCUUACCCGGCCAGCGCUCUGAGGUCCUAAACCUGCUGGCUUUGGAUGAUGACAUACCAGAGUUGGCUGAGGUGUUUGACAUCAAGCUGGUUUCAGCUGAGUCAAGUGAUGGGAAACCUGGAUCUACCCCGAAUAGUGGAGCCAGUAUUGAUCCUGAUAAUUCAGCCACCAGUGUCACCAUCAAGGCUAGCGAUCAUCCCUAUGGUCUGCUGCAGUUCUCAACACUUCCCCUCACAGAAGGGCUGAUUCGCCCAGCCUCAAAAGAGGCACAUCUGACCGUGAUGGAAGAGGACGGGGCAGCACGCCUGCUCGUGGUUCGAGCACAAGGCCUGCUUGGGAGAGUCCUGGUUGCUUACAGAACGUUACCUUUCUCUGCUGUCAGCCCAGAAGACUAUGAGGACACUGAGGGAGUGCUGGAUUUCCUUCCUGGGGAGAGAUACAAAUCCAUCACUGUGAACAUUGUGGAUAACCCUGUUCCUGAACUGGAAAAGAUUUUCAGAGUGGAGCUGUACAAUCCUGAAGAAGGAGUCGAUCAGCUAAUUAGGACUGAUGGCAGUGGCAGUGGAGAAAGUGAUGCUGAAUUCUUGCUGCCAUCUUUUCACCAGCGUGCCAGUCUGGGAAUCUCUUCUCGUAUCACUAUAACCAUCGCUGCAUCCGACGACGCCCAUGGUGUCUUCCAAUUCAGUCCAGAUUCGCUCGCUGUCAAUGGAACAGAACCAGAGGAAGGACGCAGUAUGAUUAUCAUGCAGGUGGUGCGCUCUUUUGGUGACUUGUCAAAUGUGACGGUAUUUUGGGAAGCAGAACCUGCUGCCAAGGAAGAUCUUUUGCACAGAACUGGUGAAGUAGUAUUUGUUGUCGGCCAAACAACUGCUAAUUUAAUUCUUCAAGUUGCUGAAGACAUCAUUCCUGAAUUAGACAAGAGCUUUGUUGUGACCCUUUCCAACGUUUCACACGGCCGUCUUGGGAAUCUGACUAAUGCCAACCUAACCAUUCUCGCAAGUGACGAUCCCUAUGGAGUUUUCGAGUUUUCUGAGAUAACUAGACCAGUACGUGUGGCAGAAGCCAACACAUAUGUAACUUUGACUAUUAAAAGACAGAGGGGGUUACUUGGAUUAGCCCAGGUGACUUACAGGACCCUUAAGGACAGUGACCCUUCUCCAUUUAGCACCCCGGGCAUUGGGAGAGCAAGUGAAAGGAGUGACUUCAUUCCUUUGAUGGACUCUGUGCUGUUCGAUGCCAAUCAAAAUGAAGCGAAUGUUACCCUUCAAGUGCUGGAUGAUGAGGAGCCUGAAAGAGCUGAAUCAAUCUUUGUGGAACUCAGUAGUGUCAAGCUUGUUCGAGGUGUCCAAUCCAGACCAAUCCAUCACUCCCCCCGCCUUGGUCUGGGAAAUACGACAGUAGCUCAGGUCGUCGUUGAGGCCAGUGAUGAUGCCUUUGGCGUUUUACAGCUGUCCUCUUCGGCUGUGAGUGUGGCGGAGCACUACAUUGGUCCCAUUGUCAAUGUCACACGUGUUGGCGGCAUCUUCGCCGAUGUAUCAGUCAAGUUCCAGGCAGUUCCAAUGACAGCAAGAGUUGGGGAUGACUACAGUGUGGCCUCCUCUGAUGUUGUCCUCCUCGAAGGAGAGACCAGCAAACCAGUUCCCAUCUACAUUAUUAAUGACAACGAACCUGAGCUUGAGGAAACCUUCCGAAUUGAGCUGCUUAAUCAAACCACUGGUGGUGCUCAGCUUGGCCAGCUAACCAAAGCCAUCAUCACCAUCCUGCCAUCAGAUGACCCUUUUGGUGCUUUUGUUUUCCAGGAUUCAUCCAUCACUGUGGAAGAGCCAGCCUUUAACUCCACUGAAAUUAGUUUACCAAUAUUACGAAAAUCUGGCACUUUAGGCUAUGUAUCUGUCCAGUGGCAGGCCACUGUCAACGGGAAGCUCGCUGUUGGUGACAUUCGACCUGUGUCAGGGGAGGUCAGGUUUCUUCCUAGAGAGACCUUGAAGACUUUGAAAGUGGAAGUGCUGGCAGAUGACGUUCCAGAAAUUGAGGAAAUAAUCCUUGUGGAACUCACAAGUGCUUCAAAUGGAGGGAAUAUUGGACGAGAAAGAGCUGUUAAUGUAAUUGUCCCUGCCAAUGAUAAUCCUUACGGAACUGUGCACUUUGACCAGUCAGUGUAUCGUGUUCAGGAGCCUCUUGAGGGAGUCUACUUAGCCAACAUCACUGUGAGAAGGAGUGGGGGUCACUUUGGACGUUUAGAAAUUAUGUACAGAACAUCGGAAUUUGAUGUUAUCAGUACUGCCUUGGACGAGGGGCGGAACCUUCUGGUUUACUUUGAUGCUCCGGUGAGGGCUACACUGUCUAGUGCCACUGUAAGGCCUGUUAAUCUCACUGCUCAGAGAAACCCCUUGACUGCUUGUGCAGCCUUUUGCCUAUGGGAGACCACCUGCCAAGCUUUCUCCAUGUCCAACAUCUCUGGAGUGACUACCUGCAACUGGGUGAUAACAGGAGUCAACCAGCUGACCGACUCCACCCAGGUGUUAACCUACAUCAAAAAUGUCACAGCCUUAUCCUCUCUGUUCAGCUCUCGUGCUACUGCUGGGAUUGACUAUCUGCCAGUGACAUCCCAGGUAGCCACCAUGUUUGAUGGAGCUGGAAUGACCAAUCUCACAGUACCCAUUUUGACCGACUCUCUCCCAGAGAUGGAUGAAAGUUUCAUGAUUCACAUCCUAAGAGCUGAUCUGAUCAACUUGACUGCUGUCUCAAAGAACAUGCCCUCACUAGGCCAACCAAACACAGCGAGAGUCACCAUAGCCAUGAAUGGGGAUGCAUUUGGGACCUUCCUGCUCUACAGCCUCAAUCCCAGUGCCACAAGGAAUGGCUUAUACCUAGAAGUAAAGGAGGAACCCCACACCUCUGUGUCACUCGUUAUUGAGAGAAGAGGGGGAAGUCUGGGGCAAGUAACAGUGGAGUGGAAAUUUGUAGGUGGAACUGCCCUACCCAAAGCAGAUUUCAAUGGGACUGGUGAAACUCUCAUUUUUGCACAAGGAGACCUAAAAAAGACCAUAGAGAUAUUUAUAAUGGAUGACAUGGAGCCAGAGGAUAAUGAAACGGUAAUGAUCGGCCUGGUGAAUACGGAGGGGGGGAGCCGCAUCCUGCCCAGCUCUGACACGGUCACCAUUGUCAUCCUGGCCAACGAUCACCUGGCUGGUGUGGUGGGCUUCCACGAUGCUUCACGUUCAGUCACCGCCCGGGAAGGGGAGAAACUCCAUCUCCUGGUGAAGAGGUCAUCUCCUGGACGAGGGAAUGUCACCAUGGAUUGGAGGAUUCAGGGUCUGCGCCCCCAACAGACUUUUGUCAAUACCUCUGGAGCACUUUUCUUUUCUGAGGGAAUCCUAAGUGAAACUAUAGUCCUUCAGUUAAUGGAUGACCAGGCACCUGAGGAAAAGAAGGAGUACAAGGUCAUCCUGUCCAACAUUCGCACUCAAGGGGUGGCAGUAACAGGGCAGGCAGAACUGGACUCUGAGAGUCAUGAAGCACUAGUGACUGUGAUUGCCAGUGAUGAGCCCUUUGGGGUCCUCAGUAUUGCCCCACCCUCCCUCAGCGUGUUCAGUGAAGAGGUUAAUACCACCAUAAAAAUCUUCAUCAACCGGGAUCAAGGAGCCUCUGGGGCGAUAAAUAUCAGCUAUGAGACAGUGAAGGGAUCCCGCCAUGAUCUGGUGCUGACAGAGAGUGCCCUGGCUGAACCAGGCCUGGACUUCUUUUCAGCUACUGGGUCGCUGGUGAUGCAAGAUGGACAAACCUCUCUGGCCAUUCCCAUCACCAUUAUAGAUGAUGAGAUCCCAGAGUUGCAAGAAUGUUUCCUCAUCAAUAUCACAUCAGCAGUUCUUAUCUCCGUGGUUGCCAGUUCUCAAAAGCUGGAUACCCUGGGACUGAUGGCAGAGGUAUGCAUUGGUGCAAAUGAUGGAGUCAGAGGAAUCAUUGAGUGGAAAAGAACAGACUUCGAGGUCAAUGAGACGCAAAGAGUCUUGACACUGGUUGCAUACAGAAAUGGUGGGAGCUAUGGCAAUGUCAGCCUCUUCUUCUAUGCCCAGAAUCUGGAGGCACAACUUGGCCUGGAUUUUAAUGUCACAUCUUCGAUUCUCCACUUUGCUGAUGGAGAAAGGCAGAAGUUGAUUGAUGUUCAGAUCAUUGAUGAUUCCGUACCAGAGGGUGAUGAGAAAUUUCAGCUUAUUUUAGGCAAUCCUUCUUUUGGACUUCAACUUGGGCACAAUACCACGGCUACAGUACUUAUCCUGGCCAAUGACGAUGGACAUGGCGUGAUCACCUUCAACAAUAGUCAACACUUCCUUCUGCAGGAACCCACCUCAUCAGGCUUAGGUCAGAGCUCUGCCAAUUUAUAUGUGAUGCGCAACCCACCACAGGGAACUUUUGGCACAGUCACUGUCCAGUUCCACAUCACAGAUGCCAAUGGCUCCCUCUCAACCAGUGACCUGGUGCCUAGUGAGGGUAUUGUAGUUCUUGAGGAUGGAGAAAGAUUUCAGGCACUUAGGAUUUCGGCUGUGUUGGACGAGGAGCCAGAAGCGAAUGAGACCUUCACAGUGAUGCUCUUCAACCCCAUGGGAGGAGCACGCCUUGGGGACUUUCUGCAGACAACCAUCACAGUGCUGCAGAACAAGGCUCCUCUUGGACUCUUCCGGAUUUUCCCUGUCCAGAAUAGGACAAGCUCCAUAUCUGUGGGAGAGGGAAAUAAGACGUUGUUUAUGACCAUUUCCCGCAGUAAUGGCUUAGAAACUGCUGUCAGUGUGGAGUGGGAAUUUCAAUCAGGCACCGCCUUUGGGAUGAUGGGAGAUGUUCCAGUUUUAGGUGUCUUUCAGAAUUUCCAUGAGACUCCUACCUCUAGCUGGUGUACUCUGGCCAGUGGAAACAUUUCUCUUGCCAUGAGACUGGGAGCUACUGGCAACUUCUUUCCAAGUGUAGCCACGUUGUACAGAUGGCAAGGAGUCUUUGUACCGCUACAGACUUUGAGAAUUCAGGACCCAAAACGAUGUAUGGGUUUUGCAAUGGAUGGCUCCUCUUAUGUUGUGGUCACACACGGGGCCCACCCUGAGUUCAAGACUGCUAACAUGAGUUUGUACAGAUUGCAACUGAACUUGAGUCUUACUUUGGAACAAACACUAAAUGUUGAAGGUCUCGAAAUCAAAUACUUCUCAGUGGAAAAUGAACAUUAUUUGAUAGCCUCAAACCAAGUUUUGGUGUGGGCUGGAAGCAGAUUCAUUCUCCAUCAGACCUUGGAGAUACAGGAGGUGCUGAGUUUCGCUCUGUUCUCCCGUGGGAAUGCCUUGUACCUGGCUGUCGCAGUCAACAAUAAAAGUGACAACUGUCUUCUGUACCAAUGGAGCAGUGGUCAAUUCCAGAAUCCACAGCUUCUUUCCCCCAGCAGCUCAGCUAAACAAGUGGAGACCUUUCACAUUGGGGCAGACAUCUAUCUACUCAUGGUUACAGAUGGACCCAAUUCUACAUGUGAUGUUUUUGUGUGGCGCUCCAGCCUAUUCUUCUUCCAGCAUUUCCAAUCCAUCCACUUUCCUGGGUUGUUGUCUGCCCACAGUUUCACCCCACCCUCAGGAUUUAGUCAUCUCUUCCUGGCAGGAGGCAACACCUCUGCAAUUUUCUCAUGGAGGUCCAAACAAAGCUGCUUCUCCUUAAUGCUGGAGGCUCCUCCAACUCAAACAUUUCUCUUUCUCCCUGUCCCUCACCUCAAUUCCACAAGAAGUCUCAUUGCGUCCACACAUGAUGCAAGGUCAACUAUAUAUGAGCUGACAUCCAUUUCCAACCAGUCUGACUUUAUUCCCAGUUCAGGUGAACUGCAUUUUGAACCAGGUGACAGUGAAUUGACGAUUGCAGUGAAUAUCCUUGAUGACUACUUUCCAGAAGACACAGAGUAUUUCCAUGUCAAUCUUAAAAAUCCCAAAGGUGGGGCUGAAAUUGGAGUCAAUGGUCAGGUGACCAUUUUCAUUUCCUCAAAUGAUGAUGCACAUGGAAUUGUAGGUUUUGCACAGAAUUCCUUGUUUAAGGAGGUUGAUGAAUUAGAAAGAGACAACCUUAUCUCUCUCAAUAUUGAGAGAAUGAGAGGAACAUUUGGGAGGCUGAUUGUACACUGGGCCGCAAAUGGAAGUGUGGAGGAUAUCUUUCCCACAUCUGGAGUGACAACAUUUUUAGCAGGUCAAGCUGUGGCCACAAUCACCUUCACCGUGUUGGCAGAUGAAGAUCCUGAACUGGCUGAGAAGGUCACCAUCACCCUCCUGAACAUUGCCACAAUAGGGAUCGAUGAUGCAUCAAGGGCAGCGGCCAUAAACACAGAGCGAGCCCAAGCAUUAAUUAUCAUCCUGCCCAAUGGCUCCCCCUUUGGGGUAAUUGGAUGGCAUUCUGACUCAUAUUACAUUGUCACAGAGGAGCCUUUGGGAAAGCCACAUAAUGUCACACUUACAAUUGUGAGGGAGCAAGGAUUUGUCGGCGAUGUGGCAGUUCACUACAGGACUAGACCUGCUCUGUCUCAACUGCCGAAGAACCAGGCUACUGCAAAUGAAGACUAUAUACCAAAAGAUGCGAUAGCAGUAAUGAAGGAAAAUGUCACUGACAUCACCAUCACCAUUACUAUUUUGCCAGAUGACGCUCCUGAACUGGUCGAGAGAUUCCUCAUCAACAUAUCUAGUGUGGAGCUUCUUAGAGGGUCUCUGGGGGGAGGGCAACCAAGUCUGAAAAGACCAGGCAUGGAGGUUGCAGAGGUCACUAUUCAAGAGAAUGAUGACCCUAGGGGGGUCGUCAUGUUUAACGUAACCAAGGAUGUAUCAGAUCCGGUACAAGCGCAUGAGGUGCCUCCUCCGGGGAAUGUAGUGCAGCUACCUGUUGCUCGUUUGGCUGGCAGGAGAGGGAUUGUGGUUGCGUACUGGGAAGCUCGGCCAAUCAGUGCUAGCUUUGAAGAUUUUACACCUGCCUCAGGAAAUGUCACCUUUCAAGAUGGGCAGGCAAUGAGCGUUAUUGAGAUCACCAUUAUCGAUGAUAGUGCAGUGGAGCUUUUGGAGACAUUCAGUGUGACGCUGACUCACGUAAUGGGUGGAGCCAGACUGGGAAAUGAAACUAUGGUGACAGUCGGCAUCGGCCCCAAUGACUCUCCCCUCGGACUGUUUGGAUUUGAGGAACAUUCUGUGACAGUUAUGGAGCCACAGUUUAAUGAUGACCCUGGCAGUGUAGCAACUUUGACAGUUGUGCGGAGUCCUGGGGGCAGGGGAAUAGUACAUCUUCUGUGGCGUCUGGAGGACACGGCCCGGGAUGACUUGAAACCUCUCAAUGGCACACUGCAGUUCAAUGAGACCGAGUCCAAGAAAAUGCUGGUGAUAUCUGCUUUGGCUGAUGCUGUCCUCGAGGGGGAUGAGAGAUUCAUGGUCCAUCUCCUGGCACCUAAGAAUGAAGGUGUCAUUGAUACCAUUAAGGGUGUGGCCACCAUUGUGAUCCAGGGAGAUCGUGGAGCCCUUGGAACUAUCAGCAUUGCUGAAUCCUCUAGAAAUAUUUUUAUUGGAGAGCCACAGGGCAAUUACAAUGGGACUGCAUUGGUCAGGCUUGAGCGAGGUCCUGGGAUCUUUGGUGAGAUCCACGUUUAUUGGAACAUCACUCCUGCUGUGGACUCUGAGUUUGAGGAGACCUCUGGAGUAGUGACCAUGAGAGAUGGUCAGUCUGCUGCCACCAUCAGGCUGAAGGUCCUAGAUGAUGAUGUACCAGAAGAAAGACGUAUCUACCAGUUGAUCCUGAGUGCAGUCAGUGCUGGAGCUGAGAUCAGCCCUGCCAGCAGGCAGGCCAACCUUACCGUGACAGCCAGUGAUUUUCCAUAUGGUCUCUUCUGCUUUACUCAGGAGCUUCUGCACACCUCAGAAGAAGAGAGGAUAGUGAAUAUAACAAUGCUACGUUCCAGGGGCACAUUUAACAGUGUGCUACUGUCCUAUCAGACUGUCAGCAAUACAGCCAUUAGUGGUUUGGACUUUGUCCCAGCUAUGGGGCAAGUGCUUUUUGAGCCAGGUGUAACUCUGCAAACAGUUUCACUGGAAAUUCUGGAUGAUGAUCUUCCAGAGGGACCUGAGGUCUUCUAUGUCAAUAUCACCCAAGUGGAGCUUCUUAAUAACAGUAACUGGGACUUUGCAGUAAGGGAGCAGGGCUUCCAGCUUGAUCAGCCUCCAGCCAUCAGAAACAUCUCAUUCAUUAUGAUUGUAAUUCAUAAAAAUGACAAUGCAGAGGGCAUUGUGGAGUUUGACCCUGACUACAUCAAUAUAACUGUGGAAGAAGAUGUGGGUGUGAUCUUCAUUCCUUUGUUAAGAAGAAGAGGUACCUAUGGUCAGAUCAUGGCAGAGUACAUCACUCACAGCUUCACUGCACUGGCUAACAUUGACUUCAUCCUCCCCAAUGGUUCUGUCACCUUCAACCAAGGACAGAACCAAACUUAUAUAAAUGUGUCUAUUAUUGAUGAUCUUGACAGGGAAUACAGUGAGAUGUUUGAAAUCCAGCUUUCAGGAGCUACUGGAGGAGCCAUACUUGGAAGGCAUUUAGUAGCACAGAUAACCAUUGCUAAAAGUGACUCUCCAAAUGGGGUGGUUCGCUUCCUGAACCACAGCAGGCUCACCAUACAAAAUCCCAACAGUACAUUAAGCCUCACACUAAUGCUGGAGAGGACAGGCGGGCUGGUAGGCGAAACCACAAUAAACUGGAAGAUUCUAGGUCCCAAUUCACAGGAUAUUUUGCCAGCGAAUAAUACAGACAUUGGGGAACCAGUGAACGGAUCGUUCCAUUUCAGAGAUGGGGACGGUGGAAUUCGUAUUAUUGAGCUGUGGAUUUUGCCCCAUGGAGAAGUGGAAAUUGCAGAGACGUUUGUUGUUAUUCUCAGCCUCUUAUCUGGAGAUACAGAUAUUGAUGCCAAGAAAGGACGUCUAAUGCUUACAAUAGAGAAGUUUGGAGACCCAAAUGGUAUAGUGCAUUUUACUCCUGGGGCCCUCACGGAGAGAACCUACAAUGAACCAAGUGACGCUGAAGGACCCCUGAACAUUACCCUCCCCAUCAUGCGUAGCGAGGGAGUCAUGGGCAAUAUCACAGUUUUUUGGGAGAUCCUGAGUGAUUCAGAUACCGCUGAAGACUUCUAUUUACUUAGGGGUUCUGUAAUAAUUAUGGAGGGUGAGAGAUUAGCUAAAGUAAUUGUCAGCCUGAUGCCAGACAGCGUGCCUGAGCUGGAGGAGGUGUACGUCAUACAGCUGAGCUCUGUUGCUGGGGGGGCUGAGCUUGACAUCAAGAGGAGCAAGACCCAGAUCAAGGUCAGGGCAAAUGAUGAGCCCCACGGCAUCUUUGCUUUGUACCCAGAAUUCCAGUCCUUGGAGGUCAAUCCAACAAACUACACUCGGUUCAUCUCACUGAAUAUCACACGGCAUGCUGGGACUUUUGGCAAUGUCACGGUGGACUAUAGAGUAACUGGUAGUAUGCCAAACCAGGGGGCCGUCAUGGAUGCAAUACUCGGAAGCCUCUUUGUGAAGGAUGGGGCAAAAUUUGCUAGGACCACAGUGUCACUUAGCAAUCAGGUGUUCUUUGCUGUUGGCUUUAAAUUCACCAUUGAGCUGACAGAUGUGAACCUCAUCGGGUCGGUAUUCAGUUCUGCUCCUCGGAUACUUCGUGAGUCGCAGAGAGUCGUAUUGACUGUUCAUGAAGAAGUUGCCAAUUCAGAGGUCGGAUUUGAAUCAGUAGUUCUACAGAUCUCAGAUUUUAACACUGGCUCCUGUGAGGCACUUGUGUCCCGCAGUGGGCUCUAUGGCGAUGUGGAUGUGGAAUGGAGAUCUGGAUAUCCACCUGGUCAGGCCCCACCAGGUGUCCAGUUAGGCCUCAUCAGACCAAGCUCAGGCACCUUGAGACUGGUUAAUGGAGAAAGAAGAAAAAUACUGUCCUUUACUGCCGCAUUAAAUGCAUCUGAUCUUGCAACCUAUGCCGUGCAUCUCACUGCAGCACAUGCUAAUGUUCCAGGAGGGGCUCGACUCAGGUCUCACUUUACGUUGGCUGAGGUCGAGCCUCUGGGUGUGUUCCGGUUCUCCUCAGAAUCCCGACAGCUAGUCGUCGAGGAAGAUGUGAAGACCAUCACCCUUUAUGUGCAACGCUUGUUUGGUUUUCGUGGCAACCACACUAAACUAACCUACAAGACAUGGGAUGGCAGUGCCAAAGCAGGGGAGGACUUUGUGCCAGUGCAAGAUGGGGAGCUGGUCUUCUUUCCCCAUCAGACCAGCGCUGUCAUUCGUCUAUCUAUACUGGAUGAUGAGCUGUCAGAGCCCAGUGAGACCUUCUAUGUGAACCUGACUGGUGCCCAGGUCCUGAGUCCUCCCUCAGCCCAAGCCCAACCCAGGAUUAUUCCUGGACUUAGCAGUGCCGCUAUUACCAUUCUGGACAAUGACAUGGCUAGUGGUCUUCUUAGCAUUGGGCCAGCACUCCUGUAUGUGCGAGAAGACAGUAUUAAUGAUACAGAGCAGCAGAGGAUAUCGCUGAGGGUGAGAAGGUCAGCUGGCUUCACAGGAACCAUAAUGGUCAGUGUCAGAGCGUAUGGGGGUAAAAGUUUGGAAGCUGGGUUGGGUGGCACCCCUUUUGUUCCAGAGUCGAAUGUGACAUGGGCCCUAGAAGGUGAGGACUUCCAGCUGGAGUCUACUGUGAUAUCGCUCCAGGAGGGCCAAGAGGUGGCAGAGGUCAUCCUGGUCAUUCUGGAUGACCUUGAGCCAGAGGGACAGGAGGUCUUCUUUGUCUACCUCACUGACCCCGAGGGAGGGGCACAGAUCAUUAGGGAUGCCGAUGACCAAGGGUUCGCCGCCUUCGCCAAAAUUAUUAUUCAAGGAAGUGACUUUCAGAAUGGCAUUGUGGGUUUCAGUGCAGACUCACAGAGGGGCCUUUUUCUGGAUGAAGACUCUGAAAACAGAACCACCAUACUUGUCCUCCAAAGACAGGAGAAUAGGGCCUUUGAAGAUGUUGCCAUACUUUGGCGUGCUACUUUCAAUACAUCUGUACCAUCUUUAAUAAAAGAUGGUGUCGAUUUGACGAAGGAACUCCUCCACACCUCAGGCACUGCAUUCUGCAGACAGGGAGAGGUGCUGUGUACCUUCACCUUAGAGAUCCGUCAUGACCAGGAGCCAGAAUACCAGUCUUGGUUCCUGGUGGAGAUUUACCAAGUUGGCCUAGGGGCUGCCAUCAACCAGAAUGCCCGCUUUGCAAACAUAAGCAUUUUGGAAAGCGAUGAUCCUUUGGGCUUGGUAUACUUUGCCUUGGGCUCCCGAUUGCCAGUGGUCCACAAGAAAGCUACCCGUCUCAGUCUGCAGGUGUCUCGAGAUAGCGGCACCCUCUCUACCGUUUCUGUGCAAUACCGUUUGCAGGAGCUCCAAAGAGCCGAAGCAGUGGGUCCAUCUCUUAUUUGGCCUGCCGUUGCAGGGAUGGACUUUGAAAUGGCAGAGGGUAGAUUAUCUUUUGAGCAAGGACAAAGGAGCACUUUCCUGGAUAUUGUGCUUACACCCGACUCGGCAUCAUCCAAUCCUCUACCUAAGCGCCUCCAGGUGCUGCUGUCAGAGGCCACAGGUGGCGCCAGAGUGCAUCCUGAGUUUGGGGUUGCCAAUGUGACUGUGGUGUCAGAUUCUGAGACACAAGCAGUCUGGGCACUGCUGGAUCAGCUGCAGCAGCCACUGGAUGUCACUAUCAUUGAUCGUGUUCUGCAGGGCCUUGUUAAUAAGGUCUCCAUGGAGGUCACCCUUGAGCAACUUACUGCUGUGCUAGAUGGAUUGAGCAAGGUUCUGAAAGAGGCAGAGCAGACCUCUCUGGCAGACAGCAGCAGGGGGCUAACGUACAACCUCCUGUGCGCACUGGCCAAUCCUAGCCGCCUGGACACGCGUGGCUUGAGUCAGCUAGCUGAGGUGGCAGAGCGUUUCGCCUUCUCGCUCCUCACAGGUGUCGAGUGUGGAUCGCAGGGCCAGAGGGGCAGGACGGUCUGGGACAGUUGUCCAUACAUAGCCAUUGCUGCCUACCACUGGUACCCUACUCAGAUCAAUGGGCACACCUUUCCAGGAAAGAAUAGAGAUUACUUCCAGCUACCAGUAUCUCUGUUGAAGGUGCCAGCCCUGUCGCUAGGCCGCAUCACCCCAUCUGCCUGCCAGAAGGUGCAGUUCACAGAGUACAGCACUGAGCAUUGGUUCCUUACCAACAGCAGGACCAUGGCACUCAAUGACAAGGUGUUUUCUGUUAGCCUUUUGGAACACAGAUCACGUCCUCUCCUUGACAAUGAAGUUGUCUACCGCAUCCACGCCACCAACCAGCGCAUUAGACCUCAGCGUUCUCUGUGUCUUCUGUGGAACCAGGCUGCAGAAAGCUGGCUGUCGGAUGACCAGUUCUGUCGGGUGGUGGACGAUAGUGGGAAUUUUGUUGAGUGUGCCUGCUCCCACUUUUCAAUCUACACGGCCUUUGCAGAGACCAGCUCGCUCUCCACCUACAACGAGGCCUUCUAUACAUCCGGUUUCAUCUGCAUCUCAGGGUUUGUGCUGGCCAUCCUGUCCCAUGUUCUGUGCUCCCGAUUCUCCAUGUUUGCUGCCAAACUUCUCACCCACAUGAUGGUGGCCUGCCUUGGAACUCAGGCAGUGAACUUCUGGCAGGUAUUGGUGAUGAAUGACGAACACACAGAGCGCCGCUAUCUACUCUACUUCCUGCUCAGCUGGGGCACGCCUGCUUUGGUCAUCAUGGUGCUGGUCAUUGUCCUGCUUGGUGGCUAUGCCUGGAAUAUCCACAGCGUCUAUGGGCUGGUACAUGAAGAUGUGUGUUUUAUCCCCAAUGUGUAUGCAGCCCUAUGUACAGCAGCCCUUGUGCCCUUGAUCUGUCUGGUGGGUGUGCUUGUGGUGUUCAUACACGCCUAUCAAGUCACCCACCAGUGGAAGGCCUAUGAUGACGUCUUUCGAGGGCGAACCAACAGCGCAGAGGUUCCAAUGGUGCUGACAUUGUUUGCUCUGGUGUCCCUGGUCUGGCUUUGGGGAGGACUGCACAUGGCCUACAGACACCAGUGGAUGCUCAUCCUCUAUGUCAUUUUCAACUGCAUGCUGGGCCUCUAUGUUUUUGCAGUGUACUUCAUCAUGCAUAACCAGCUGUGCUGGCCAGUGAAAGCUAGUUACACAGUGGAGAUGAAUGGUCACGGCAGCCCAGACUCCACCUUCCAGGGUAGCAGCACUCCUGCUGUCGGUGAAGAGAUCAGCAAAUCCACACAAAACCUUAUCAGUGCCAUGGAAGAGGUCUCCACGGACUGGGAGCGAGCAUCCCUCAGGCCAAGCAGCCAGCCCGGAAGCGUGUCCAAGCAGGGGCCCCAGAACGGCACAGCCUACACCACCGAGGGGGGCUUUAUCGGCACUAAUUUGGUCACCGACGAGGAAUCCCAAGAGUUUGAUGAUCUCAUAUUUGCAUUAAAGACCGGUUCAGGCCUGACCAUCAGUGACACGGAGUCAAUCCAUGGGAGUCAAGAUGGUGGCAGUGUUGCCAACUCCCAAAUUGUAGAGCUAAGAAGAAUCCCUAUUGCAGACACACAUCUCUAACCUCUCAUAUUUUGUAUUGGUAAAAAAGAUCAGUAUUUUUGUACUUUUACUGCUUUUUACUACGCUAAACUACAUGGGCUAGUACACAUUUUUGUUAGUUGUUUGAUGCAAUGAAAAUGGUGGUUUGAUUCCUGUUUUUGGGUAUGUACUGAAUGUGUAUGUAUAUUGAAACAUGCACAUAUUUUUUUUUGUCUUUUCAGUGACUUAUAUCUACUGAAUGUAAAUAUCAUGUAGAAUUUAUAGAUAUACAGUCCUAAUUGUGUUGUCGGAUGAUGUAGCAUUGUUAAUAAAUAAUUCACAAUGUUUUA